AUGAAUAAUGUCCAAAGUAAUGAAUCCACAGUAUCUGAAAUGGAUGAUAUAGAUAUCGAGGAUACUGAUAUGGUAGAUAGUUCUACUUUCGAAGGUUCCAUAACAAAUGAAAACAUUAAUAGUAAUGCCAACAAUUCUGCUACUAAUACAGUCAGAUCUAAUUCUAAGAAGAAAACUACCCAUAUUAAGAAAAGUGUUGGAUUCUCGGAAGAUAUUAAGCCUGUAAGAUUAAAAAUGAAUAAAUCUCAUCAUAAAUCAAAUACAAACUCUGCAAGUGAUAUGAUGACGAGAGAUUCAAAACAGAUUUUAUCUCAAGUAAGACAACAAUUGAUGAAAGGAACAUACACUAGUUCACAACGAAAUCAUAGUAGAAGUAAUAAUUUCCCUCCAAUUUUCCAUUCUAUUGAUAUAGAUCAAUUUGAAAAUUAUUUAAGAGAACCAAAAUAUAUUAAGACUUUUAAGAAAGCUAGACAUGUGAAACAAUUUAGAAGAUUAUUUCUUGCACAAGAAUUGAAAGUUAAUAAUCUUAAUGAAUUCGAUGCAAAUAAACAAAUGAUGAAUGAUCCUAAUGGAACAUCGGGCCCUUAUUCUUCAUCUUCGACCGCGACUGCAUCCUCAACUUCAACAUCAUCAUGUCAUCCGACGCCAUCGUCUUCAUCAUCUUCAAAAUCUCCAGUGACACCGAAAGCUAUAUGGACAAGUAAAUUUAGUCAUGAUGGGAAAUAUUUAGCUACUGCAGGGAAAGAUGGUACCAUUAGAAUAUGGAAGGUUAUUAGUUCCCCUAUCGAACGAUUAGAAUUAAAUUCUACAUUGGAAUCAAAUAUCGAAUCUCAUGCAAGAAGAUCUAGGUUAAAAUCUCAAUUAUCCAAUUUAGCAAACAAUAAUAAAAACUGCCCCUCACAAUCAUCAGCAUCUUCUUCUCCUUAUUUGGGUCCAGCUUACGAUAAUGUCAAUGAAUCCCUGGAUUUAUAUGCUCCUGUGUUCCAUCCAUUACCAAUAAGAGUCUUUAAAGAACAUACACAAGAUGUCUUGGAUCUAGAUUGGUCCAAGAACAAUUUUUUAGUUAGUUCCUCCAUGGAUAAAACAGUAAAAUUAUGGCAUCCAGAUAGAAAAUUAUCACUAAAGACAUUCCAUCAUCCAGAUUUCGUCACCUCGGUUAGUUUUCAUCCAACUGAUGAUAGAUUUUUUAUAUCCGGCUGUUUGGAUCAUACAUGUAGACUUUGGUCUAUUGUAGACGAUGAAAUUAGUUAUGAAUUCGAUACUCUUGAUUUAAUAACAUCAGUAACGUUCUCACAAAGUGACGGUAAAUAUACUGUGGUGGGAACCUUCAAUGGUUAUAUCUAUAUUUUAUUGACUAAUGGUUUAACUGCAAUUUCCUCGUUUCAUGUUACAGAUAGAAAGACCCAAUCUGAUAAAUCAGUUACCAUAUUUCAAGAUCCAGCUAAAGCACACCAUGGUCCAAGAAUUACUGGGUUAACCGUGUUUUCACCACCAUUCGAUACAAAGGGUAAUAUGCUUCGUAUAUUAGUCACAUCGAAUGACUCUAGAAUCAGGAUAUUUGAUUUGCACACAAAGAAAAUGUUAGAAGUGAUCAAAGGGUUCCAUAGUGAAAUAUUAUCUCAUAAUGCUCAAUUAUCUACUUCUACUGGUGGUGCUUAUGUAGUUUGUGGUAGUGAUGAUCAUUGGAUAUAUUGUUGGGCAUUAAAAUCGUCGGUAGAAGAUCCUUCCAAUGAUGAUACUAACACACAUGGCAAAAAGACGAAGAAUGGACUCAAAAGAUCAGAUAGUCUGAAAAACUUAUUCAAUAAAUCAUUGAGCAGAAGUUCUAGUCUAAGCAGUGGUAGUGGUAGAAACGAUGAUUUGACUGCGUUGACAAUGACUCAUAUGACAUCCCACGCAAAUAAAUCACCUUCUUCACCGACAGAAAGUGUUAAAAAUGAGUCUAAUCAUAGGCAUUCAUUUUUAGCAUCCUUAAUCCCUGGACAUCAUGAUUACAUCAAGAAUAGUAGUUAUCUUGCAUUUAAUGCACAUCCAGCUCCUGUGACAAGUGUGUCAUUGGCACCAAUCGAUACUGCUAAGACAUUGUCGUUAUCUAACGAUGUUAUAUGCGAACUAUAUGCUGAAUUCUCUAAUACUGAAGAUGAUUUUGAUAUCUUUAAAAUAAGAGGUACUGCAGUGACCCCUAUUACAUCCAAUGACUCAUCUUCCUCUCUGUCCGAUUAUAUUGGACCCAGUUCUCUAAGUAAUGUCGUCAACGCUAUUGGAUCAAUUGUAAUUAGUACUGAUACUACGGGUACUAUUAGAGUCUUUAGAACAGAUAUCCCUACCGUGAUCAGAAAACGCGUAUUAGAAAAGAUUCAAGAAUAUAAAUCAGAGACUCGCGCUAGGGUCAAUAGUGCGACAUCACUUAAUACCAUGGGUCGUUCCACAGGUGGAAGCAAUUCUUCUGUUACGGUCAGUAGAACAAAAUCUUUUACUAAUAUCUCCCAUUUGACUGGUAAUAGUAGUACCGGUGGCUCUGGUCUCUUUGGUUCAAAAACAACUAAACCUAUUCUAAGAUCUCCUUCAAUGUCAAAUUUUAGCGCCAGUGGACAAACACCACAAUAUGGAUUCGGAACAUCAGUUACCCCUACAUUGAAUCAAUCAAGUAUGUACAAAUCCCCUAGUGAGAGUCUAUCAUCAGCAAUCGGUAAAGAUUUACCGCAGACUUUUAAAUGCGAUGUAUGCCAUGGUUCACACUUCAAACCUAUUUCGAAAGGUGGAUUAAUAAGAGGUGAAAGCAGUUAUUAUUGUCUCGAUUGUGGCAGUGUCUUAAAUAAUUUCAGGUAA